AUGGGUCACAACCACCAAAGGCUUGAGCCACCUCGAAGUGACAUCCACUUCAUUUCCAGCCUCACGGGCAAGGAGGUGACCAAAGAAAUCUGCGAUCCCAACUACUGGGUGGGCCCUUCGCUCAUUUGUGCCAGUGGUGCUGACAUUGUACUCGUGUUAGAAGCCAGCCGCAGGGCCUUUACCCCAGAGUUUGCACAGCCACAUUCAUGGCUGAGGCCACGACGAGCCCAAGCCAAUGCUCUUCGUGCAAGGCAUGGCAGAGCUUCGCAGACUCAAUUGCGAGGCUGGCACAAGCUGCGCCCCGGGGCGAAGGAUCAUCACGGACUGGAAAAGUUGGAGUGGCUGACCAGUCUCCAGCCUGGAAGAGACGAUGUGGAGAGCAUGCUCAUUUGCUCGCGUGCACUGGGUGUGGCCUUCUCUCGGCCAUCUGAGCUGAAGCCGCAGCCGCUCCCGUGGCUUGGCCAGAAGGUUGGCACAACUGCGGACGUCUCCACCUUCGAGACAACUGAGUCCGUGGUGGACAUGAACAGCCAAGCGAUGCAGCUCUUUCAGCAGCAUCGCCACUUGUCUAUGCCAGGUCUUAGCAGAGAGUUUAAGUUGCGUUUCCUGCUGAGACUGAACUCAAGAGAAGUUGCCUGCCAUGUAGGUGUCUUCGAGCGUGUUGUCCUGCCUGGAGCAAGCCACUUGCUUCUCGCUGCAGCAGCGCAUGUGCGGCUGGCAGAGGGCACUGGACAGAGCUUUGCGGCUGUAGAGCUCUCUGAUGCCAUCUUCCAAGUGCCGUUUCUGAUUUCUGAUGAAGGGACAAUGCGAGUCCGCUGCGCGGCGUCUUCAGAGAAUACGGAAGUGGCCAGCGUUCAGGUGGACGAUGGCACAGCGACGGAAGCAACAGUGCAUGCACGAUUUGGAACCACUCAUCUCAUCCCGUUCCUCGAGCGCCAGUCAGGCAGGCUCUCAGAAUGGCAGAAGCUCUGCGAGGCAGACAAACAAGCAGAGCAAGACGUCGGUCAGCUCUACUCUUCAUUUUCCGAGCGCGGCUUGAGCUACGGCACCUCUUUUCAAACUCUGAGCAGCACAGCGUGCUUCUCAGACCUUGGUGCCCUAGCCAAGCUACAGGAUCCAUGCAAGGCCGAGUCUGCAGCCGUGUGGGAGAAGUCCCUGCAGCUGUUGCAUCCGGCUCAAUUGGAUGGAGCUCUGCAGCUUCUCGUGGAGCUGGCAGCUCGACAAGGUGAAAAGGCCACCUAUCUGCCUUUCGCGGUGCGACGGACGAUGAUUGCGGCACAGUGCCCAGCUGGAGACCUGUGGGCUGGAGUUCGAGUUCAGGAGCGCUCGGAGGCUUCCAUGGUGGCAGACAUUGAGAUCUUCAAUUCUGAUGGACAGCUGGCCGCGCGCUUGGAAGGUGCCAGCUGCCGCCGAGCCGACCCCUCUGCUACCCAAGAGCGCGAUGGGUCUGAUGAUUGCCUGUACGAUAUUGACUGGAAGGACGCUGCGGUGGUUGGUGAUUCGGAGGAAGCAAGCAAGAUGACUCUGCAGGGUCCCAUCCUUGUGGUGUGCCCCGCAGGUGUGGUCACAGAUGUCGAUGAAGCGAUCUCUUCUAUCAAGGCUGCACUGCAAUUCCCUCUUCCUUGGGUAGCUUUGCACGGCUUUGAGGCUCGCGUCUGCUUUCAGGCUGGAGGUCCCGCGACGGUUGCCCUGGAUGGUUCCGGAGAGCAGCUGGAUGCCCUGGAUGCCGCGCUGCGACUCCUACAGGCUGCUGUGGCAGCGGCCCAACCGCCCCACAUUCUGCUUGUGACAGGUGGCACCCAGCCACCUGAGAUGACAGACAAAAAUCGACACGAUCCAGAACACGCAGGCCUGUGGGGCUUGGCAAGGUCCGCACGAAUGGAAACAGCCGACCUGCGUGUGACCUGCGUAGAUCUCAAUGGAAAGGAUUGGGAGAAGCAAGCCAGUGAAGGGACCUUGGCUUUCUGGGCUGCCAUUGAGGGUGACCUCGCGCAAAGAUCCUCUGCGAUGGUGGCCCGGCUGGCGCGAAGUGCCUUGAAAGCGCAAAGGACAAAGAGGCCGGUUGUGGAUGAGGGGGAGGUAGAAGUGCGCGUGGAGGCUAUCGGAUUGAACUUUCGCGAUGUGCUGAACGUGGUGAACCUGAACGUCAGCGGCAAGGAUAAAGGACUUCGAUGUGGUGAUGAUGCCUUUGGCAUUGUUUGGGGUUGCCUGAAGACAUAUGUACGCGUCUCAGUAAAGUCGCUGCGUGCCAAGACUCCGUGGCAGCUCCUGGUGCCGCGGCCGAGUACUUGGUCACCAGCAGCUGCCGCAGCCCUGCCAACAGUGUACACCACCGUGGACGUGGCUUUCGCAGAGCUGGCCAAGUUGAAGAAGGGUGAGAAGGUGCUCAUCCAUGCUGCAACCGGUGGAGUUGGACUGGUUGCUGUCCAGUAUGCGCAGCGUCUUGGUGCGGAGGUCUAUGCCACGGCUGGUAGGGAUGAGAAGCGGCAGUUCUUGCGAGACCUGGGUGUCAAGUUCAUCACCUCAUCCAGAAAUGGAGAGGAGUUCGAGACAGAGAUGAAAGGUUUCCUCAAGGGCUCUGAUGGCAUCCACGUGGUUCUCAACUCCCUCAGUCACGAUAACUUCAUCGGCCGCAGCCUGGGCCUGCUGGCAAAGGGUGGCCGCUUCGUGGAGAUCGGAAAGCGUGACGUCUGGAGUGUGGACCAGGUGAAGAAAUUCCGUGCGGACGUGAAAUACAACCUUCUUGCCAUCGAUGGGGUCUGCGAGAACGAGCCGGACCGGUAUCAGGGCCUGCUCAAAAGGCUCGAAAAGGAUCUGCGAGGUUCCUGGAAGCCGCUUCCUGCCCAGGAGUUCGAGGGUUUGGAAAAAGGCAUCGAAUCCUUGCAAUUCCUGCAAAGAGCACAGCACAUCGGCAAAGUGGUCUUGACGGUCCCCGGCCGGAUGAAGCUGUCCCCAGAUGCGAGCUACGUGCUCUCCGGGGGCAUGGGUGCACUUGGGCUGGUCACGGCCCAAGCGCUUGCAGAGGAGGGUGCGAAGAGUUUGCUUCUCCUUUCUCGCAGCGGUCGUCCUGGAGCUGAAGUGGAGCAGCAGUGGAAAUGGCUUCAGCAAUCCAGCCUGCAAGCGUGUGCGCUGGCUUGCGACGUUGCUUCCCAAGCUGGUGCGAUGGAGCUCAAGAAGCGUUUCAAAUCUGCGGAGCCCACUGGCAAGGGCAAGAAGCCCGUGCGUGGCUUGCUCCACCUGGCCGGGGUGUUGGACGAUGCUAUGCUACCGCAGCUGACUCGUCAGAACCUUGAGAGGGCAUAUGGGGCAAAGGUCACGGGCGCAAAGCAUCUUGGAUGGUUAGAGCAUCCUCAGAACAGAUCUGAUUUCUCGUUUUUUUCAAAGAGCUCUGUAGAGGAUUGUGGGAACUAA